AUGGCGUCCGUUGUCGAUGCCGAACCAUGGUAUGUUUCACUUUUGGGUCUUGCAGAAACAUUUCGGACGUCCAACCCACCCAAUAUUCGGCUGUGUAUUCACUGUCUGCAGUCAAUUUUCAAUUUUAAGCCGCCUCCUCGGAUAGAGUCUAGGACUCAUCUACAGUUAGGAAACAUUUUGUUGGCCCACACGAAAAACCUCGAUCUCGCUCGCUGGCAUCUGGAAAAGGCGUGGGCUCUUUCUUCAAGUUUGGCUUCAGCAGAUGAUGUUCGAUUUGAAGCUGCCAGUGUGUUGGCUCAGAUAUUUGAGAAACAGCUUCAAGUGGACCUUGCCAAACCAAUCCUGAGAAGAGCAAUUGAAAUCUCUCAACAAGCUCCAUACUGGCAUUGUCGAUUACUUUUUCAUCUAGCUCAAAUCCAUGCAUCAGAAAGAGAAUAUGCCUCUGCAUGUCAGCUAUUGGGUGUUGGUUCAGAUUUUGCUCUUACAGCUCGUUCUGAUUACCUCCGUCUUCUUUUCCUUCUCAGUAAAGGAAUGCACUACAAAGGUUCCCCUACUCAAAAAGAAUCUCUCAAUGUUUUCUUUUUGGUUCUUCAAGUAUGUCACUAUUUAAUGGCUGGACAAGUGAAAAGUGUCAAGCCUUGCUUGAAACAACUACAACAAAGCAUACAAACAGUUACUCAGUUGCAUUCUGAUGAUGAACCUCUUUCAAGUAACCAGAUUGACCAGUUUCAGUGGCUACCAAAAGAACACAUGUUAACUUUUUCUCUCUCUCUCUCUCUCCAUCCUUUUAAAACCUAUAUGAUAAUUCAUGUACAAAAGUGUACUUGUAAUCUGGGUCUUUAUGCAAUGUCAAUGAAUUGCAUGGAAGCAGCAGAAUCCCAGUUUAAUACAGCAUUUAAAUUGUCUACUGAUGUUGAUUUACGUACAUUUGUAAAACUGAAUUUGGCCAUUGUGUACUUACGGACGAAUAGGCCCACAGAUUUAAUAAGUCUGUUAGAAACUGUGGUCAUGCCUCAGAAAGUUUCUUCAUCCUCAUCCUCCUCAUCAUCAUCAUCAUCAGACAGAAGAAAGUCCACAGAUAGUGAAAUAAUGAACAGAAUCAGUUCACAUAGUUUACGUGCAUCGGCUUUUUAUGUCCGUGGUUUACAAGCGUUCUUUCAGGCCGGCUACAGUGAAGCCAAACGAUAUCUUAGAGAAACCUUGAAAAUGGCCAAUGCUGAAGAUUUAAAUCGACUCACAUCUUGUUCACUUGUGUUAUUGGGCCACAUAUUUUUGUCAUUAGGAAAUAGCAGGGAAGCAAUGAAUAUGGUGACUCCAGCAAUGCAGCUUGCUGGAAAAAUCCCAGAUGUUCAUGUUCAGUUGUGGGCCUCCUCAUUACUAAAAGAUCUAUAUCACUUAUGUGGAGACCAGGUGAAUGAAGCAGAGGGUUACAGAAUGCAUACAAGCUUUUCUCAAGAUCUCCUCAAAGACCAUUUCCAAUCUUCACAAAUGUCUGAACAUGGCCUAAUACAGUGGACAGAAGGUCCUUGUCCUUUUCACUUGUCAUCAGAGGCCUCCAGCAGCAUGUUAUGA